CAAUCACCGACCUCUCACUGCAAGCCAUGGAAGAAGAACAGACAGACAGGAGCAAUGUGACGUUUCAAUUCACUGGAGAAGAUCACACCUUGGGCAAUUCCCUUCGCUACAUGCUGAUGAAAGACCCGAAUGUGGAAUUUGCCGGCUAUACUGUGCCUCAUCCCUCUGAGCCCAAAAUGAACGUUCGGGUGCAGACGCACGGAACUUCGGCAGAUGUAGCAGUUGAGCGUGCUCUCAAAAAUAUAUCAUCUGUGUGUGAUCAUGUCUUGUUGACAUACAAGAAAGCCAGGGAUGAAUUCCAAUCUGGAAAGACUUCCACGACAGAGAAAUAGAUCAAAACUAUGUGAAU